GGGGGUCUCUGGGGGUCCCUGACCCCCCCGUGCCCCCUCCCCAGUCCAAGCUGGCCUCGAUGUCCAACGACUUCAAAUCCGUGCUGGAGGUGCGGACGGAGAACCUGAAGCAGCAGCGCAGCCGUCGGGAGCAUUUCUCGCGCGCCCCGGUCUCGGCCCUGGCUGCCAACAACCUCAGCAGCCCGGCCGUGCUGGAGGCCGAGGCGCCCUCGGGGUCCGUGGCCAUCGAGAUGGACGCCAGGAGCAGCCAACAGCUGCAGCUGCUGGACGAGCAGGACGCGUACAUCCAGAGCCGCGCCGACGCCAUGCUCAGCAUCGAGUCCACCAUCGUGGAGCUCGGCUCCAUCUUCCAGCAGCUGGCGCACAUGGUCAAGGAGCAGGAGGAGACCAUCCAGAGGAUCGACUCGAGCGUGGAGGACGCCCAGCUCAACGUCGAGGCCGCUCACGGCGAGAUCCUCAAAUAUUUCCAGUCGGUCUCGUCCAACCGCUGGCUCCUGGUCAAGAUCUUCCUCAUCCUCAUCGUCUUCUUCAUCGUCUUCGUCGUCUUCCUGGCCUGAAGCCGCCGCUUUUCACCCCAAAAUCCCACCGGGACUCGGCCCCGCGGGGCUCGGACACGGACACGGGGCUGGGCGCCCCAAAAACCCCAAAAAAUUCCCCAAAAUCCACUCAAAAUCCCCCCAGGACAGUUCAAAAUGCCCUCAAAAACCCCAAAAAAUGCCCCAAAAUCCCAUAAAAAAAUUUUGGGGUUGGGGACCCCAAAAUGCCUCAAAAACCCCCAAAAUAUGCCCCAAAAUCCACUCAAAAUCCUUCUCAGGACAGCUCAAAAUGCCCCCAAAAACCCCAAAAAAUGCCCCAAAAUCCACUCAAAAUCCCCCCAGGACAGCUCAAAAUGCCCCAAAAACCCAUAAAAAAAAUUUUGGGGUUGGGGACCCCAAAAUGCCCCAAAAAAAUGCCUCAAAAUCCACUCAAAAUCCCCCCAGGACAGCUCAAAAUGCCCCAAAAUCCCAUAAAAAAAAUUUUGGGAUUGGGGACCCCAAAAUGCCUCAAACACCCCCAAAAAACUGCCCCAAAAUCCACUCAAAAUCCUCUCAGGACAGCUGAAAAUGCCCCCAAAUCCUGGAAAAUGCCCCAAAGUCCCCUCAGGACACCCCAAAAUGGCCCAAAAUCCCCCUAAAAUUGCACAAAACGCCCCAGGACACCCCAAAAUCCCCAAAAUUCCCCUCAAAACCCCCCCAAAUCCCCUCAAAUGACCCCAAAAUCCCCCUGGGGGUCUCCAGGAUCUCUGGUGGGGGAAUGGGAAUUUUGGGAUUAUUGUGGGACCCCUCCCCAUGGACCUGGGGACCCCCAAAAAUGGGGCUGGGGUCCCUCAGGACAGCCUGGGACCCCCAAAAAGGGGUUUAGGACCCCAAAAAAAGGGGUUUGGGAUCCCCAGGACCCCCCAAAAAGGGGUUUGGGACCCCCAAAAAUGGGGCUGGGGGUUUCUCUGGGGGGGCUGUGGGACCCCCAAGGGGGACGGAGACCCCGAUUGAAGCUGGGAGACCCCCGGGGCUGGGGAGGGGGGAGGGGUCUGUGAACUCUUUGACCUUUGGGGGGGUGGGGGACCCCCAAAAAGGGGCUGGGGACCCCCAAAAUGGACCUGGGGACCCCCAAAAGGGGACGGGGGAUCCCCCAAAGGGGUCGGGGACCCCAUUUCUGACCCCCAAAAGGGCCUGGGGACCCCCAAAACGGGACUGGGGACCCCAUUUCUGACCCCCACAACGGGACUGGGGACCCCCAAAACGGGACUGGGGACCCCCAGAAGGGCCUGGGGACCCCAUUUCUGACCCCCAAAAAGUGGCCCCGCACCCCAUUUCUGCCCCUGGGGGGCCUCCAAGACCCCCAUGGGAACUGAACCCCUCCAGGUAAAGCCUUGGGACCGCCGGGAAUGGGUCUGGGGGCUCCCAGAGGAGCCUUUGGGGGAAUGCACCUCCCUCGAGCCCCCCAAUAAACCCGGGGUCCCCCCAAACCCCGA